AUGAAUAUCGCAAUUUUAGGCACUAUAAUCAUUCUCAUAAGCAGAUCGGGUUGCUCCUUCGUCAAAAAUGACAACGCUUUGCAAGUAAAAGCCGAACGUGGAAUAUUCCUUAGAAAAUUGCAAAGUUCUAUUCGUAGUAGUCCAGAAGAAGGUGUACAGUCCCUAACAUGGAGUGAAAUUUUAGCCGACGUGUUGGUGAAGAGAAUUUUAUUUCAAAAACCUUAUGUAGUGAAUGAAACUCAACAAAUUUUUAGUAGCAUAUUUGAAGACGUGACGAUUACAACUACAAGUGAAAGUAGUACAACAUAUUAUAUUGACAUUCAACUAAAUGAAGCCGAAAGACCUAAGGAUCCAAAGGAAGAUUUUGAAAUCAUAACUAUUAAUCCAGAUGUUGAAAUUAUUGAGCCAGAAUAUCAUGGAAAACUUUGUAAGGGCUGCAAGGAAGGCAAUAAUGAACAAAAUGAUUACAAAAUCGUCAAAGAAGACUGUCCAAUAGGUCUAAAGAGAGACGCCAAGGGAAACUGCGAGGAUCCAAAAUCUUCAAAUUUUAUUUUAUCUGUACCGUAUCAGUGUCCAAUUGGUUACAGAGCGGAUUGGUUUGGAUAUUGUCGUAUGAGUUUCUAA